AUGAAAAGUCAUAAGCAGUAGUAUUCUUUGAAAAUUACUGAAAACCCAGAUUUGUGGUUUAUUUCUAAUCCAGUAAAGAUGAGUACUGAGGAACAAAAGAGAUGUCGUUUUUCUAAAUUUACUAAUUUUGUCCAAAAUCGUGAUGAAUUAUUAGUUUAUUUAAAGUAGUUUCAAUACUUUGUAACUGUCGAUGCUCUCUACAUAGGGAUGUCUAACAAUUUUUAUUAAUCCACAGAUCUAAUUAUUGAGGCUAUUAUGACUCAAUUGAGACCAAAAGUCUUUGUAGCAUUAACAUAUAAUAACGAGGAACUUGCAGAAAUCUAUUUAAAUAAAUUAGAAACUUAGUUAGAAUAUAUACACUUGCAUUUAGAAACUUUAUGCGAGAACGAAUUAGCAAAAAGAACUCAAUUGGGAAAGGAAAUGGGAGCAUUCUUAAAUUCAGGCAAGCAGUACCACCUUAAAUGCAAAUAGAUUGUUAAGAUAUUAUUAUAUCAAGAUCCAAAAUAAAAUAAAUUUGUUUUAACAAGUUUACAGAGAAAUACUAAGAAUUUAGAAUUUUUGAAGAUAAAUUAUAUCCAAUUACAGAAGGAGAGGGAUACAUUUGAGCAGAUUAGACAGGAAAAAAAGGAUUAUUAGAACAAAUCUUCCCCAGAGCCAUAGAUGAAAUAGCGAUUGUUGAAAAGAGUUUAGGAUAAAAAAAUUAAAGUUCUCUAUGCCAUUACAGAAUAACAAUUAAAUUCUGAAAUAAGCGAUCCUGAAUGGAUUCUACAAAAGCCAGAAGUUUCUCCUCCAAAAUAAGAAGGAGAUGGUGGUGAUAAGGAACCAAAAGAAGGGAGAAAUGCAGAUGGUGAAGAGAGUGCUCCGAAAUUGAUAUCUAUAAUUUUUAAUGGACAAAGAAUGAAACUUCUAAAUAUAUGGCUUAAAUAUUUAUGA